AUGUCAACGAAUACGACCAAGUCAGUGUUUUAUUGCCCACAUAUUCCACAAUUAAUAUGGGAUGUGCAUGACGCCAUUUCUCCUUGGAUAUUUGCCGCUGUUGCAUCUAUAAUCUCACCUGCUACAGUUCUUUUGAACGCGUUAGUUAUCAUAGCAGUUACGGAAAGGAGAGAACUUCAGAAACUUUCCAAUAUCCUGUUGUCAAGUCUGGCCGUUACGGACCUUCUUGUAGGUGCUAUAUGUAUACCAUUAUCUGCUAUAGAUGGAUUCUUACUUCCCUAUCAAAUUCUUGCUGCUCAGGAUAUUUGCACGCUCGACGUGGCAACAGCCUGUUUCUCACUCACUCUGACAUUUUGUUCGCUGUUCCAUCUGGUGCUGAUUGCAUGGGAGAGGUACGUGGCCAUUCGAAAGUGGAGGGACUACAAAGAUAUACUGACUAAAAGCCGCUUGAAAAAGCUGGCAAUGACAGCUUGGAUUUCAGGACCAGUAUUCAUUUUGUGCCCAUUCCUUAUUUCCGUAGCGGCCAGUGGACGGACUUCGUUUGUAGUUUUUCUUGCUUCAAUUUGUUUUAUCGUGGCACUCAUCUUAUAUUUUUACGUCAUGGUGUACCUUGAAAUUCGCAAGCGAAAAUUCAAUCAGAUUCUUCAGGUCAGCGUGUUAACGUUAUUGAAAACAGAAUACAGAGUUGCGAAGACCACUGCUUUGGUUACGGCAGCCUUGUUUCUUUCCUUCGUUCCCGUUCUUUUUCUCCCCUUAUUGGGAAGAAUUUUUCCCGUACUUCGUAAAAUGUCGUCAUGGCGCGUAGUUGAAACACUAGUGCUUUCUAACUCUUUAGUUAAUCCACUUAUUUACUGUUACAGAGACUGUCGUUUAAAGAAAGUUGUUCUCGAGUUAUUGAGGAUUAAAAAACCUAAACCAAGGAAUGCAGUGGACAUAGUGCGAUUCAUUGAACGAACAGAUGUACGUGGUCCACUGAAAGAUAGGGUGGAGAUCAUACAAGAAGGAGAUAAGAAUAUCCGUUUGACGAGAUCAGCAUCCUAUGAUUUGACCCGACUUUGUGAUCGACCUGAUAUCAAGCCCAAUAUAAUGUUGGCUAAGAGAAGUAUGUCGGCUCCAUAUAUACAUGUAGGUGGCAUUUCGGGCGAAGACUAGCUAGACGCCUGUAAGACCAUCGGCCAUCGUGGUCCUUGGAGUCAUGAGCGCCGUUUGAAGGUCCUCAGCUAGAAUAUAGAGAGAUUAAGAUUCACGUUUACGCCAAACGGCAUACGUGAAUUUGUACCCCGUGAACAAUUUUUCCCCUUAUUUUCCGUUUACUCUUUAUUGCUUCUACACAAAAAAAGGAGUUUAAUGCCAGUUUUAACCAUAGGAAUCGUUCGGGACUGUUGUUAUCUGCUUAUUUUCUAUUCUGAGAAAUUCUCAACUUGAGUCUGACGUUUGCCGUUUGCAGUAAACGUGAAUCUUAAUCUCUCGUAUGAUUCAGAACUGCUGCCACAAAGAACCGCUUCUUAAGAACGAUGACCAUCUUAGGAAACGGAAGAUAAGAGCAAAUAUCGAACGAACAGACUAUUCUCCACGGACGAUUGAGAGAAUUCAGUACAUUCAUUUUGUUUUUUUAUAAGAAUUUAUUUUAUAAGAAUAUCGAGACUAAAAUUUGCCAAAUUUUAAGAAUAUCUUCCGGGCUAAGAGUUUAAACAGGAUAUAAUUUUAUGUGCUGAAAAUCUAUAAACACAAUACAAUGUUUUUAACUUACUCCUUCUCUAAACGGUAACUCCUUCUAACCAACGAAACGAGUAAACCUGGCAAUAACUCUAAUUAAUACCCCAAUAUAUUCCAAAAAGGAAAUGCCAUAAGCUGUAAUUUAAGAAUUAUACUAAAAUACAAUCAGCCUAAAAUCGGCCAAAAAAGAAAAAAAAAAGAAUAUUCAGCCUAAGCCGGAAAACAACAUUCUUAUAUAUAUAUAAAAAAGAGCGUGUAAGUAAAAACCUUUGUAUAAUUGUUAUUAGCAGGCGCGAGACUAGUUAGUCUUGGAAACACGUGCAAACACCGGGUCGUAGAAAAUCUUUGGAAUAGUUAUAUCUUUAGCUACACUCUUCCCACAACUCGGGCUUAGUUUAUAUCUGCCUAGACGACAAAUUGUUUCAAAGGUUCGUACCUUUUUGUCAUUGUUAUUUGACUUCCAUUUCGAAAAUUAGUGUGAUAUUCCUCAUAGAUUUUGAUUAUAUUUAAUGAAUUGAACAUUAGCAACCAGAAUGAGUUUUUUAAAUUAUUUUUUCCUGAGAUUUUCUAAGCGCCGGGGCAGAGAUUGCGCGAGCUCCUUUAGCGUGUUUCGGAUUUUUGGAUUUGUAUGGAAAACCUUCAAGCGUGACUGGGUGGCAAAAGUUGUUUUUCUCAUACAAAUCCUUCAAAUUUUCGGCGGCCGUUGCAAUCGCUACCUUUGAGAUAUUCGGCUAAAAAUUUUACAGGUUGCCUAAUUUUAAUAUGCUCUUGCAGCUUGUGCAAACAAAAUUUUUCAAAGGCGAACUGUUUUCGUGUUUACCGAAAGUUGAUCACGUGAUCAGCUUAUGCAAAAGACCUACACUUAUUAACCCAUUUACCCCGGACAUAAGCCCCCUCCCUCCCCCCGCCUUUAGCUUGUAUUGAAAUGAAUCCCAUUUCCAUGAUGCUUUGAAGCUUAAAAAGACGAGUAAAUUCGAAAAGUGUUUUAAUCAGUACUGUGAUGUUGCUUGUUUAGUCCGGUUAUACGUCCCCUUGGAUAUAAGCCCCCUCCCCCCACUCCCCUCGUUUAACCCCGUACGAAGUUGUAUUAGCCCAGGGCAUAUAAAGGAAGUUCACGGUAUUAUUUAAGGAAACCUCCUCUUGAAUAAGACAGUUCUAAAUGAUUGAUAAUAUAUAACUAUUAGAUAUGGACGGACGUUGUAAAGAAAUACUUUUACUUUUUUGGGCCCAGAGAAUCGACAGGAUAUUUUAAUCAAGUGGAUGUAUUAUAUUUUUCCACUUCAAUAAUGAAAUGCAAAUUUAGAAAUCUUACUGUUACCAAACAGCUGGCCUUGAAAAGUCCGUUCGAAAAACCAGGUCCCGUUAAAAAUCCAAGAAUUUCUUAAAUAUCGUUAAAUUGCUCUCCAACCGUAGUCCUUAAAUAAUUAAAAAUUCUUGAAAUUUCUUGAACAACUUAGACGUGGUUAAACAGCGUUUUGCAAGCAGAAGUUUCUUAUCUUUUUCUUUUCUUUUCUUUUUGUAAAUUCGGCGGGUACCAUAAAGGACAGAGACAAUUUCAAACAUUUGUAUUAUUUUUUUCUGUGGGAAAUAGAUGAUAUUACAUGGCCGCGCGGAGAUACGAAUUUUAUCUUCGAGUGCUGAAAGAAUCUCUCACGAGUGAGCGAUACUUUCAGCACGAGAAGAUAAAAUUCGUAUCCCCAAGCGGCCAUGUAAUGUUCUGUUACUUUAUAGAUACUGAUGAAAUUCCUCCAUAAAACACAACUUUUUUUAAAUUCACUUUCGAAACAGCAAAAUGGUGCAAUUAAAGUGGUCACCUAUCGGAAAAUGCCUGUCAAAAAAAUGUUAUGAAACUCGGAUAUAAAGUUAUAAAGGAGAAAUAAAGACAAAAGUACUUAUAUUUUCUGCUCCAAAAAGUCAAAAUUCUAAUGUAGAAGAGAAAAAUUCUAUAUCAGCAAAACCGUAUCUUAAAAUAAUCAUGUUAGUAACCAUGGCGACACCAAUAUCCUCACACGUGAAAGAUAAAAAUAGUAUCUUCACUGCGCGCGAUGAAGAUAUGAUUUCUUAGUAAAAGGAAAAAUCCUGAUAUUUCAUCAGUAUCUAUAUAAUAAAGUAACUUUAUUAAAUUUCGUACGAUAUAUAUUUUAUAAGUAUAGGUUCAGUUGUGGAAAACAUCAAAUAGAUUUAAAUUCGCCAUGAAAAAGGAAGCUUCAUUGCAUUGAAACGACAGUACAAUACGCGUUUCAUGUUGGAAAUGCCCUUUUGGCCAUUUUUAUCAAUUUUAAUUGGCGGGAAACAGGUCCAAAAAAAAAGAUUUGAUUAAAAGGCGGUUUUUUUGCUCUCGCCAAAGUGUUAAAGUGAAGUUUUGUUUUGCAAAUGUACUUUUCCAUUGUCAAGAAAGCCGGAAUGAAACGCUCUCUCUUAAACUGAAUUUUUUUUUUAUCUUGGCGCCUAUGAAAGCGCGGUACGUAUUUAUAUAUAUGGUUGCUGUGUCCUAUUUUAGCAACACUCUCCUGUAAAGUGUUGUAAUCGACGGUCCUAGUUUUGAACUUGAAAGCAAUCUUGGUCAUCUUAAGUGCGAUUCCAUUUUCAAGCUUCCGUGCUCUGCUUUCCUGUGGCUUAGUUUGUUUUACGUUAUGCAGUGGUUUUAAGUCCGUCCUAGUGUUUUUGCAUUCAUUCUUAUCAGCAACGUCAUUACGAACUAUUGCCAAUUAUUUUAGCCACAUUAAGAAAUAAAUAAGAGGAUUAGUUGAUGUGCAAUUCAAUUUAAACCCAUUGUUACUUCGCAGCUGGUCAGGUUUGAUUGGAUUGUUUUCUUUAUAAUUCUACCCAUAUUUCUAAGUAACAAUGGCGUCUACUGUGUGUUUGUUUGUUUGUUUGUUUGUUUUUUUCCAGUAUCUGAAUUAGAUUGUAAUCAUUAAUUUCCUGGUGAUAGCACUAAGCAAGAGUAAUGCAUUGAUUAACCAACUGAGUCCUGGUACCUUCACCUAUUGGGUACCUGUGGUCUUACUAAUGAGAGUGUUAAAUUUAGAAUUGAGUUAAGAUCGAUAAUGAGCUAUCCGUGUAAUUGUCUUCUGCCAUUUUUGUUUGAGAUAUAAAAGAUUUAAAUCUUUUAAUAAACGUAAAGAGUUACGUUGAAACCAAGAUGUGCGUACUUCAUAGCUUGAAAGUGCUUGUUUGUCAGUCAGUUUUAGGAAGUCUUCAUCAUGGACUACAACCAGACAGAAGCGUCCAUCAUGCCAUCGAAUACGAUUAAGUCGGUGUUUUAUUGCCCACAUAUUCCACAAUUAAUAUGGGAUGUGCAUGACACCAUUUCUCCUUGGAUAUUUGCCGCUGUUGCAUCUAUAAUCUCACCCGCUGCAGUUCUUUUGAACGCGUUAGUUAUCAUAGCAGUUACGAAAAGGAGAGAACUUCAGAAACUUUCCAAUAUCCUGUUGUCAAGUCUGGCCGUUACGGACCUUCUUGUAGGUGCUAUAUGUAUACCAUUAUCUGCUAUAGAUGGAUUCCUACUUCCCUAUCAAAUUCUUGCUGCUCAGCAUAUUUGCACGCUCGACGUGGCAACAGUGUGGUUGUCACUCACUCUGACAUUUUGUUCGCUGUUCCAUCUGGUGCUGAUUGCAUGGGAGAGAUACGUGGCCAUUCGAAAGUGGAGGUACCACAGAGAUACACUGACUAAAAGCCGCUUAAUAAAGCUGGCAGCAAUAGCUUGGAUUUCAGGAACAGCUUUCGUUUUGAUCCCUUUCCUUAUUUCCAUAGCGGUCAGUGGACGGACUACGUUAGUAGUUUUUCUUGUUUCAACAUGUCUGAUCCUGGCACUCAUCGUAUAUUUUUACGUCAUGGUGUACCUUGAAAUUCGCAAGCGAAAAUUCAGUCAGAUUCUUCAGGUCAGCGUGUUAGUGUUAUUGAAAACAGAAUACAGAGUUGCGAAGACCACUGCUUUGGUUACGGCAGCCUUGUUUCUUUCCUUCGUUCCUGUUGUUUUUCUCCCUUUAUUGGGAAUAGUUUUUCCCGUACUUCGUAAAAUGACGUCGUGGCGCGCAGUGGAAACACUAGUGCUUUUUAACUCUUUAGUUAAUCCACUUAUUUACUGUUAUAGAGACUGUCGUUUUAAGAAAGUUGUUCUUGAGUUAUUGAGGGUUAAAAAACCUAAACCAAAGAAUACAGUGGACAUAGUGCGAUUUACCGAACGAACAGAUGUACGUGGUCAUCUGAAAGAUAGGGUGGAGAUCAUACAAGAAGUAGAUGAAAAUAUCCGUUUGACGAGAUCAGCAUCCUAUGAUUUGACCCGACUUUGUUAUCGACCUUACAUCGAGCGCAAUAAAAUGUUUGCUAAGAGAAGUAUGUCGGCUCCGUAUAUACAUGUAGGUGGCAUUUCGGGCGAAGAUUAA